AUGGCUGACUCUUCUCCAACCCCAAACUCCUCCACCUCUGAAAUUCCAGUGAUAAUCUCAUCUCAACCUAAUGCUCUCAUUUCAAUCAAUACAGCCUCACAGAUUCCUUUUAAACUCUCAAGAGGAGGAAACUAUGCCUCCUGGAGAUCACAAUUUUCUAACCUUGUUUUUGGUUAUGAUUUAUCAGGCUAUAUUGAUGGCACGUUUCCUUGCCCAGAUCAAAUGAAAACGCAAGAUGGAAACGACGAGCCUUCUUCGAAUCUUAAGCGCAAACUCUGGUUACGGCAGGAUCGCCUAAUCUUGCAGGCUAUACAGGUGUCCCUUGCAGGUAACAUAGCACCGCUUAUCUCCUCGUGCAAGACCUCGGCUGAAGCAUGGAACAAACUGGAGACUACCUUCGCGAACCGAUCAAACACCAGGAUGCUAACUCUUCUCUCCACUCUUAUGAGAACAUCACAAGAAGACCAUGAGACAUUUCUGAAACGUGAAGAGGGAAAGAAGACAGCCCCACUCAUCACAGCUCAGUACAAUCAACAUCGACCCAACAACAAGAAUAGACCAGAGAAUGGAUACACAAACAAUGGCAGAGGACCAAACAACAACUAUAGGAAUAAAACAUUCCAAGGAGCACUCACCACUCCACCCCCACCAAUGACUAAUUCCGCUUCUACUGAUGAUGAUGGUGCGGCAAUAUCUGACUUGAUGUUGUCCAAUUCUACCUCCAACCAAUCAGUACCUCCGUCAUCAUCUCCUGAUCAAUCAGUUUUGUAUAUGGAUUGUUUGCUACCCGAACAGUUGACUUGUCUCCGGUUAAUGCUCGUUUUAGAUUCCACUGCAUUGCUGACUACAGGGGAUAGUAGGGGACGCCGUGUUUGCUAUGUAAAAAAUGAUUAUACUCAGAAUGCUAUCUCCAGGGUGUCUCCUAAUGAAUGA